AUGUCGCAGGCGUUGUCAUCUAUUGCUCGCACUCGGCGGUCAGCUAGGGUUGCCCCCCUUGCUGUUGUUCGUGCUGUAGCCCCUCUGCCCAUUGCUGCCGAUGUGGAGCCAAUGGAGGAUGAUGUCACCGGGUUGCCAUUAAUAAUGUGCCCAGAUUGCAGGGACGUCAGGGUGUUUGCUGCCACAACGAUGCAAUCUAAGUGUAACAAUGGAAAGAGAUAUUUCAAGUGUCCCAGGAAGAAGUUUUCAAAUGCUAGUGCAGUGGGGAAAUGUAAGAGCUAUUGGUUUGGGGAAGAAUAUGUGGUGUACCUUCAUGAUAAUGGUUAUCUACUUGCAGCUGGGUCGACCAUCGCAGAAGCUUUGACAACUGAAGUCCCUGAGGUGGUGGGAAAAAUUGAUAGCUUAGAGAAAAAUCUAAAAAAGGUGAAGGAAAUGGUUGGCAAGAACAGGGAAGGCAUUGGAAGCUGCAUUUGUCUUGUGUGUGGAUGUGUGAAUGUAACACUAUUCUUAGUGUUGGAAUGGUUGUAG